AUGGCUUCUGAUCUUGGAGAAGACAAGAUACUGAUUGAGAAGCUCCAGAUAGCUCUGAAUGAAAACUCCAGUCAGCACCAUAGAGAAAUCUCUGAGCUGAUUGUGUUGAAUAAUGCUUCAGUUACAGCAAUAAAGGACAUCGUCACUCAGCAACAGGAGGAAUGUGUGAGAAAAGACAAAGACAUUGAAUCCCUGCGGUCAAAUCUCCUGAAUCUCCAAAGCAACAUUGAAGCCAAGGGCAGCAUUAUUACCUCACUGCAUAAGAGUGUAAACCAGUGCAACUCAAACCUCAAAGAGGAGCAAAAAAAAAGCAAUUCACUGCAGAGGGACUACAAUGCUGCUGUCUCUCAGCAGAAGAAGGAAGCAGAAGAACUGGCCCGUAUGACUCAGGGCAACCAACACCUCGCCUCUGAGAACAAAAGACUGCAAAAUGAACUGGAGGCUGCUUUCACUAAACAGCACAUUGAGGAGAACAAGCUUCAGGGCAGAGUGGAGGAGGCCAUUAAGAAGGAGGAGGCUUGUUUCUCCAGAGCCUCAAAAAAGAUCGAGAGCCAAGAGAAAGAGCUGUCUGAGAAGACUCUGGCUUUGGAAAAGAACCUGGCAGUCGAGAAACACCUAAGGGCAGCUCUCAAAAGUGAAAAGAAGCGAUUUGAGAAGAUGGUUGGAAAGCAGCCUGCAGCAGGACAUCUCUCAAUCACCAGUAAACAACUGAGAGAAGAAUUUGCGUGCAACAUGCAGACAGUGAGGAGGGAAAAUGCUGACAUCAGGGCUAAAUUCCUUGUCCUUGAGGGAGAAUAUGACAGAAAAACUUCUGAACUUGGUUCCCUCUCUGUGCUCCAUGAAGAGACACUGUCAAGGAAAAACUCUAUCAUCUCUGAGAGUCAGCUUACCAUCACUAAGCUACAGUGCAUGGUAAAUGAGUUCAAAGCAAAGGAGUCAAAGAGCAAGAAGGGACAGGUCGAUUUCGAAGAAAGCCUUAAACAGGAAAAGAUGAGAAACUCUGAGCUUCACCAAAGCGUGGAUCAGAUCUCAUCCAGUCUGGAAAUAGAAAGGACCAGGUGUGAGAAGCACCGCGUCGAGCUUAAGGAAGCUUUGACCAAGCAGAUCAAACUUCUGGAGGAAAACUACAAAUUCAGGAUUCAGGAAAAACAACGUGCCGAGACAAACUCCAACUUCAGAAACAUCAGCGACUCCGACCUCAGUCACAGCGAGCAGAAAUCUUCCCUGGGUGAGAGCAAUAAGGCGCUAUACCACCUGCAGCAGGAGUACACCUAUCUGGGGAGGAGGCACUGUGACAUCAACGCUGACUAUCGUGAGCUUCUCAAAACUCACACUACCCUCCAAGUCAGACAUGAGAGGCUCAGCUAUGCUCAAGGAAACCAAUGCCUGGACUUCAGUCCACAUCUUUUCCAGUGA